GGGGCAAAAAAGGGGGGGGGGGCACCCGAGAAAAGGAGACUAACACGCCGAGAGGAGAGAGAGGAGGGGGCUGGAAGUCUGAGACGCUUCCAGCCUGAAGGGGCCGGCGGUUUGGCCACAGCAACCCCCCCCGGACUAGCUAGCCUGUACCCGCGCGGCUAAGUGAAUGGGAUGGAGCCGGGACCGUCUGGCGCUGUGCCCAUGGGGGUCUUCCCCCCACCCCUGCAGCAGGUGUUCCAUGCCCCUCGCCGGCCAGGCAUGGGCACCGUGGGCAAGCCCAUCAAGCUGCUGGCGAACUACUUUGAGGUGGAGAUCCCAAAGAUGGACGUCUAUCACUAUGAGGUGGACAUUAAGCCCGACAAGUGCCCACGGAGAGUCAACAGGGAGGUGGUGGAAUACAUGGUGCAACACUUCAAGCCCCAGCUCUUUGGCGACAGGAAGCCAGUGUACGACGGCAAGAAGAAUAUCUACACGGUGCUAGCACUUCCUAUCGGGAGUGAGAAGGUGGAUUUUGAGGUUACCAUCCCAGGUGAGGGCAAGGACCGAAUCUUCAAGGUGUCCAUCCGUUGGCUGGCCAAAGUGUCAUGGCGCCUGCUGCAGGAGACUCUGGUCAGCGGCCGGCUGCAGGUCCCCCUCGACUCGGUUCAAGCCCUGGACGUAGCCAUGCGCCACCUGGCCUCUAUGAGGUACACCCCAGUGGGCCGUUCGUUUUUCUCCCCACCUGAAGGAUACUACCACCCGCUGGGUGGGGGGAGGGAAGUCUGGUUUGGUUUCCACCAGUCUGUGCGUCCUGCCAUGUGGAAGAUGAUGCUUAACAUCGAUGUGUCCGCCACCGCCUUCUACAAAGCCCAGCCUGUAAUUGAGUUCAUGUGCGAGGUUUUAGAUAUUCGCAAUAUCGACGAGCAGCCCAAGACUCUCACUGACUCCCAAAGGGUCCGCUUCACCAAGGAGAUUAAAGGUGGGCUCUCGGGCCUGAAGGUGGAGGUGACCCACUGUGGCCAAAUGAAGAGGAAGUAUCGCGUAUGCAAUGUCACCCGACGACCUGCCAGCCACCAGACGUUUCCCCUCCAGCUCGAAAGUGGGCAGACAGUAGAAUGUACAGUGGCCCAGUACUUCAAGCAGAAGUACAACCUGCAGCUAAAAUACCCCCACCUGCCCUGUCUACAGGUGGGGCAAGAGCAGAAGCACACCUACCUGCCCCUGGAGGUGUGUAACAUUGUAGCAGGUCAACGAUGCAUCAAGAAGCUGACUGAUAAUCAGACCUCCACUAUGAUCAAAGCCACAGCUCGCUCCGCACCCGACAGACAAGAGGAGAUCAGCAGGCUGAUGAAGAACGCUAACUUCAACCUGGACCCGUACAUCCAGGAGUUUGGGAUCAAGGUGAAAGAUGACAUGGCUGAGGUGACGGGCAGGGUGCUUCCAGCCCCCAUCCUGCAGUAUGGAGGACGGAACCGUGCCAUAGCUACCCCCAACCAGGGAGUGUGGGACAUGAGGGGGAAGCAGUUUUAUAAUGGCAUUGAGAUCAAAGUGUGGGCGAUCGCCUGCUUUGCCCCCCAGAAACAGUGCAGAGAAGAGGUGCUCAAGAACUUCACGGACCAGCUGCGUAAAAUCUCUAAAGAUGCUGGGAUGCCCAUCCAGGGCCAGCCGUGUUUCUGUAAAUACGCCCAAGGAGCCGACAGCGUGGAGCCCAUGUUCAGACACCUGAAGAACACCUACUCUGGACUGCAGCUCAUCAUCGUCAUCCUGCCGGGAAAGACUCCUGUCUAUGCGGAGGUAAAGCGCGUGGGAGACACCCUCUUGGGCAUGGCCACACAGUGCGUCCAGGUGAAGAACGUGGUGAAGACGUCACCUCAGACCCUCUCCAACCUCUGCCUCAAGAUCAACGUUAAGCUGGGAGGCAUUAAUAACAUCCUGGUACCUCACCAACGGUCAGCAGUGUUUCAGCAGCCGGUUAUCUUCCUGGGAGCAGAUGUCACGCACCCUCCUGCUGGAGAUGGCAAGAAGCCCUCCAUUACUGCUGUGGUAGGCAGUAUGGAUGCUCAUCCCAGCAGAUACUGUGCCACAGUGCGAGUCCAGAGACCCAGGCAGGAAAUCAUCGAAGAUCUGUCUUACAUGGUUCGCGAACUGCUAAUCCAGUUCUACAAGUCGACCCGGUUCAAGCCCACCAGGAUCAUUUUCUACAGAGAUGGAGUUCCUGAGGGACAGUUGCCGCAGAUUCUCCACUACGAGCUCCUGGCCAUCAGAGAUGCGUGCAUCAAGUUGGAGAAAGACUAUCAGCCGGGAAUCACCUACAUCGUGGUGCAGAAACGCCACCACACGCGCCUCUUCUGUGCUGACAAGUCUGAAAGGAUCGGGAAGAGUGGGAAUAUUCCUGCAGGGACUACAGUGGACACCAGCAUCACUCAUCCCUUUGAGUUUGACUUCUACCUGUGCAGCCAUGCAGGCAUACAGGGUACCAGCCGGCCGUCUCAUUACUACGUCUUGUGGGACGACAAUCGCUUCACGGCUGAUGAGUUGCAGAUUCUAACUUACCAGUUGUGCCACACUUACGUGCGUUGUACCCGCUCAGUGUCCAUCCCUGCGCCAGCCUACUAUGCUCGUCUUGUGGCCUUCCGUGCCCGCUACCAUCUGGUGGACAAAGAACAUGACAGUGGAGAGGGCAGCCACGUGUCUGGUCAGAGUAACGGUCGGGACCCCCAGGCGCUGGCCAAAGCUGUUCAGAUUCACCAUGACACCCUGAGGACCAUGUACUUCGCCUGAGCUACGUCAACCAUCACCGCCAUCGAAUCCCUCCCACCUCAUUUCUACCUGAGUGGGCACACAGCCCACCGCCACCACCACCUCAUCCCCAUCCCUUUUUCCCAAAAUGACUGCCCGCCACACACACACACACACACUCCACAGACCUGCCAAGUCAUUCACCCAAAUCCAAGAAACAUAAGGCCCUUCACCUUUUAAAACACAGGCAGACUCUACAGCCUCAUGCACUCAAAAGGUUAUGAAUAUUAUUAUUAUUAUUAUUAUUAUUGUCAUAUUAUUGUUUUUACUUUACCAGGACUAUUGCUCUUUAUGUUGAAUUUUUAAAACUUGGGUAUUAUUAUUAUGUAAUUGUAUUGUACGCUACCUUCACACUCCUGUGUAUGUAAGUAUGCAAUACGGAUGGGAGGAAAACUAGGCGAUAAAACGAGAAGAAGAAAAAAAACAAAAAACUUUUUUUAACUGCCGCCACGAUGCUGCCUCUUUACCCAUCCGAAUGCCAGUGUUUUCCAAGCCCCCUUUUAGUACGGGGAUCCUCCAGAGGGGUGGUACCGGGCACGCACACUUACAUGUUAUCAUUUUAACAUUUGUCUCGAACUACAUUCAUGUUUUUAAUGUUUUUUGAAUAAUGUUAUUUUAAAAAAGAAAACGAGAAAAAAAAAACAGCCUUGACGAGUCCGAGGUAAUGGUACAUUAGCACUUAGAGUUAGCAUGUAGGUGCCACCAGUCCUGCACAUAAGAGUUCGUUAGUACAUGCGGAGGGCGAGCCCUCUGGUCCUCAUAGCAGAACAGAAAGAGCAGGUGUAGCAUAUCGUAGAUACAGGAGUUGGCCAGUCCCUUAGAGAUUUUAAGCCCAAUAGAGGCGAGCUUAGCAUAACGAUAGAGGGACCAUUUGCAUAGAGUGUAUCAAAUGUACUUGCACCCCAUGCACCUAAACCAGCAUUAUUAACCAGCCAAAAGUGAUGCCAACCAAUGGAAAAAGGGGCACUUAAACAGGAAGAUAAUCUUUUAUUUCUGUAUUGCUCUUUUAGGAUAUAUGAGGCACUUUUUUUUGUUCUUUUUUUUAAAUUUUAUUUACUUAUUGAUUCAUUUCACUUCAAAAUGGUGAAGACUUGUCUGUCCUGAGGCUUGACACGGACUACUUUUUUUUGUUUUUUUUGUUGAAGUUUUCACAUCCGCACUCCAAGCACACAGCUUUCAGAACAAAGAGGUAACUUAAGGCAAUAGGCAAGGUCAACACUUCUCUGUAGAUUUGAAUGCAGGCAAAUAUAUACUAAGUCUGUGAUCACUUAAGUGCUGCAAAGCUGAACUCUCUCAUUCAGCGAUUUGACCUUGCUCCGACCGUCCUGCACAUUCUGCACAUUCCAGCAGGUAUCAGUGGCGGACGGCAGACGACGCCACGCAGUGCACUCCAAAACCGUUCCACCGACGCACUUCUUUGCAUAACCUAUACAUUUAUACAUUUUUACAUUUUUACACAAAGCUCUUUUCCUCUGCAGGCAUUUACAACUCAUAAGCCUGGAACAACAGAAGCACACGUGCAUCUCUCUCCGCCCUCUCUCUCUCUCCGUCUCUUUCUUAGCAUGUUGAGACCGACCUCUUCAAAAUGCACUUGUCCCCCUUAUUUACCUCCAAGCCAAACUAUCACUCAUCACCCACUUUCCAUCACCACCUUCUAUCCUCGCCGUCUAUUCUGACUUUCUAACAAGACAAACUUGCAGCAUCCCCUGCCCCAGUCCCCUAGCUUGUGUUAGCCAAUCCCCAUUGGUGCUCUGUGUGCAUGGGCGGCACAGAUAGGGGAUUGCUACAUUGGACAGGGUGGGCCACUAUUACUAAUACUACUACUUAAUAUGCCCUGCCUUUACAUCUAGUCACUUUCUGGAUUUAUGGAUUAAAAAAAAAAAAUGCAUGUGAUUAUUUUUUAUGACUGGAUAUUCUGAGCCACCUUAUUUUGGUUUCCUUAGCGGUAGGAGCCCUCGUGCUCACCACUGCCUGUCAGUCGUUUUGCCUUGAUUGUGUAAUGGUUAUAAAGACUGCUUUUUUCCUUUUUGUCAUUAUAAUGAUUAUGAAUAUUGUGACUAGUGUCAGAGUGUAUCCUCGAGAGGGCACUGUGGAGACUGUCUCAAAAUUCCACCUCAGUUGCCCUUUAAGCGCCUCAAAUCUUGUCUGAUGGUCGGAGCCCCCUUUGAGACGAAAGGGAUCAAAAGAUAAGAGAUCAGAUGAGUUUGAUUUUUAAAUCAUGUUUAUUAACUCGCAUAAUCAAUAUGCCUUUGUACACCGUUUUACUGAUCCUUCAUUGUGUCCAAGGUGAUUUGUACAUAUAAAUAUAUAAUAUUAACCUGUUAUGUAUUUUGGCUCACCAGUUGCCGGGCCUUUCACAGUUUGGGGUCAGUGUUCAAAUCCCUCAUUCUGUGCUCAAAAUAAAAAAAUAAAAUAAAAAAAUUAGAAAAAGAAAAGGAGAAAAGAAAAAUCAGUCCAGGGGCAUUUCCCAGCACCACUGAAACCAGAUGCAGUUCUUCACUCACUGAAGCCACAAAGCACCUUUUUUUGCAAAGGGGGGAGACAAAAUGGCAAGUCACCCUGGAAAUGCAUCAUGUGGACACUGGAGAGUUUCACUCCUCUCCACACAGCCUCACUGUCUGACUAAGCAAUAUUGAAGCCACUGAUCAAGAACAGUCCUUGUCAUAGCACUUCCCAAUAGAUUUGAAUGAAAGGACAUGGAAGCAUAUUAUUUUGGCUCUGUAUGUGAUAGUAUGGGAACUCUGUUGGGGAGGGUUAUUUUUUAAAGAAAAUAAAAUUGUUUUUUAUUAU